CGAUUACUGACGCAAUGCACUGACCAAGUUCCCAUUAAAGGGCAAUUCGUUUCUAAUCAUGACUCUUUUAUGUGACCGAAAUACAGCAGAAACGCAUGUCUGGACGUCCCGAGUUACCGAAAAAGAAGUCCGGCAGUGGUAUAAAGGCUUUCUGAAAGAUUGUCCAAACGGCCAAUUAACAGAACAAGGUUUCUUACGGAUAUACAAACAGUUUUUUCCACAAGGAGAUCCUUCCAAAUUUGCCUCUUUAGUAUUUAGAGUCUUCGAUGAAAACAAGGAUGGUGCCAUCGAGUUUGAGGAAUUCAUACGAGCCCUUUCGGUGACGUCACGUGGUAGCCUUGAGGAGAAGCUCGUAUGGGCAUUCAAACUUUACGAUGUCGACAACGAUGGUUACAUAACGCGUGAGGAAAUGUAUAGCAUCGUCGAUGCCAUAUAUCAAAUGUUGGGUAACCAAGCCAAAGUUGAAGAAUCUGAAGAUGACCCUAAAAAAAGAGUGGACAGGAUCUUUGAACAGUUGGACAAAAACCAUGAUAACCAGCUUUCGCUAGAGGAGUUCAAGGAAGGCUCUAAGCAUGAUCCGAAGAUCGUUCAGGCGCUGACGUUGUACGCCCCUUAGCCACCCCUCCUUCUUUUCCUAGCAUUCCACCACAAGCACAAGAUGACACACCACACAAACUCUCUUCGCACACAUAUCACUCUUCCUUCCCAUCAGUAACUUCCGCUACAGGGUGCCCCAGGCAAAUUAAACAGCUGCUGGAAAAAUAUUUUCUUGCUUACAUAGGUGCUGAUAUGUAAGUGACUAAUAUUUAAGUGAAUGCCGCAAAAGCAAUGACAGCUCAAUCCGCACGCUAAUUACAGUUAUUGAUUAUUUUAAAAAAAUCGUAGAAAUUCAGAAAUUAAAAAUACUUUAUUUUGGCUAAAAUGAAUCAAUCACCUGUUAAUAAUUCAGUUCCUCCAGAUGGAGAUGUUGAGCGUCUGUUACAGAAUUCAAUUCCUCCAACUGACACUCAACAGCUCCAUCUCGAGGAACAAAAUUCUAAAGCAACAUCUUUUGGCUGUAAAAUAUGUGUAUAAAAGUUGUACUUGGUCUGAAUUUUGUUUUAAAUUUUCUUUACUUAUCAGUUUUAAUUCGUAUUUCAAUGUAAUAUCUAUCGAAAAAAGAAAGAAAAAAAAUGGAGACAAUGCAUGUAAAAUUAAAAAAAGUUUUUUUUAAAUGAAAUUGGCCUUUAAUUUCUACAUUUCUAAGAAAUUUAUCUCGAUAUUCUCAAAUUUAUAUAUGCAUGUUUCGCUUUAAAUGAGAUUUUUUUCAUUUAAUCCUUUUGAAAUAAUUUAAUACAUAAAUAUUAAAAUACUUAACUUUAUAAACGGGCCUGACUGAUGAAACUUAUUCGUUAUAAUUUAAUUUCUUUUAGAACUAGACGAUAUAUUUGAAAUAUUUUAUAUUUGAUUUCCUUUUAACUUUAAAAUAAUAUUUCAGACGGAUUUGAGCUAUCAGAUGCUUACUUUUAUUCAGCAAGGAAGAAAAAAAAAGUUUCAUGCCUAAAAUAUCAAUAAUUAGAAUUCUAACAUUUAAAUUGAAGCUUUAAUGCCGGAAUUUCCCUUAUGCAAGUUUACUGAGAAGUAGAAAGGUAUAUUAGAGAAAGGUAUCUGAUUUCUUAAAAUCUAAAGAAGAAAGUGAAAUUUAAAUUAAAAAGAUUGAAAUCUCAUUUACUGUUCUGUUUGUUCGAAAAUUGGAAAUCAAUUCUAAACACAGCAAUCGAAGAUUUUCUAUUCUAUUGGUAUAUUUAAGUUAUCAAAAAUUAAUGCAUUUUCAUAGGGCAGUCAAUGCAUCGGGCAUCCUGUAUCUACAGUUUCCUUUCUUCAAGUAAUCAAUUCCCAAGUCAGUGGGUAGAGGGCGCUUUUCGAUAUUCUUCGUUGGUGCUGCCUCCACCCUCUACAGGUUUCUUUGUUCUUUAUUAUUGAUGUGUAUCUCCCUUGUGGUUUCCCUGUUCACUUUGGAGUAAAAAUGCAACUCUUUUGUGUUUGUGUACUAUCUUAUUCUUUUUCAAUAUCCGUGUCUUAAAUAUAAAGGAAGAAUUGAAGUUUACAAGAAGAAUUUCACUGUUCAUGGUGGGGCAAAAUUGGAGCAAGAUUGAGGUGCUAUAGUUUGGUUUUGUAUUCAUUUAUAUUUCAGAAAUUUUGUUUGAAAUAAUCUUAAGUGAAAUAUAUGCUUAAAAAAUCAUUGUGAUCUUGUGAUAAAUGCUUAAUAUUUUGGUCUCUAAUGAGUAGAUUCAGUCUAUCUGUCUUUUCGAAGAGCAUGUUCGCUUAGACAAUAGAUAUAAUUUCAGCAAAUUAUGUGAUAAUUAUUCUAAGUUUGUAUUUUUAAUUUGUCUAGUAUGGUUAGAAAUUCCAUAUUUGUUAGAAAGUAAUAUUCGCUGGCGUUUUUGUAAAUGGUAAAGCAAAAUUGGACAUAAAUUGAUUAAAAUUGGUUUUUGAAUAAAUAUUCAAACACAUUUCUCAUAUUAUAUGACAACAUGGAAAAUACAUUGCAAUCUGAAUUAAGUAAUAUAACUAAAUAAAGGUCCUAUAAUAAUGGAAUUAAGUUUAUUUAAUAUAUAUAAUGAAUAAACUAUAGUACUUGGAAAGUUGAUUUGGGCAACUACGAAAAGAGCAAGUUGUGAUUAUUGAAUGUAUACAAAGGAGACGAGAAAAAAAUUAUUGUUUUUUCCAACAUAAUUUGAAUAAGUAUUGUGUGAUUAGAAAUUCUUCCUGGGGCUUUCUUCACAAGGAUAAAUAAUAAAAACAACAUUUUUAUUUGUUUACAUACAUAUCCUAUAUAGAUGUACUUUAUUUACUUUGUAACCCUUCCGUCAAAAUAGUAUAAAUAUGACAAUAUAACAAAUAUAUCUGAUAAAUCUAUGCAAUAUAUCCUAAUUUCACUCGUUGUCCUGAGCCGGAUCAUCCCAUAAAUUUGUAUUCCUUACUCUCCUGAAAGGACACUCAUUUUCUACUCUGAUGUAAUACUAUGAAUCUUACAAUUCUGAAAAGGUAUUGACCUCAUAAGUAUAAAUAUUCACAAAUACAUGUUAAAUUUGAAAUUUAUAAUUAAAAAUUUCUAUGCAAUUAUUCAUGGUGCAGUGUCAGCUUCUUGAAUGCUUUUACAUGACUAAAUGUAAAAAGUGUAUAUACAUAUAAACGCUAAAAAAAAUAUUAUUCAAAAGAAAAUUGCCAACUCAUAAGCCAAUAUUUGCUCGUCCACUAGAACUUGAUAUUAGAAUUGAAUAGCGUUUUCUUCCAUAUUAUAUUAGAUACAUAACAGAAUGAAGACCAUAAAUGUUAAAAACGCUUAAAAUAUAGGUAAUUUUUUUAAAAAAUGGGAAUAUAAAUCUUAUUUUAAUCCAGUUCUUCUUAAAAUUUAUGCAUUAAAAUAUGAAUAAUCCAUGAACUUUAUUAGUUGAGUGUUCACGUGUUUUAGAAAACUUCAAUUAGUUUCCGAAUCUACAAAAUCAAUAUUGUCCAGUCAUAGUUUAACCACACAUAUUUGUGAGAACUUAACGACAACAAAAAGUUUAGCUAUCUUUGUCUCUUUACUCCAUACUGAUUAGCUUCUGUUUAUUCUUGUCACCUACUGAUUGUUUUGUAAGAAGUAGAGCCAUAACUACAGUCCUCAAGUUUAAAAUAACAAAACUUCCCGUCAUUAAGUGCACAAUUUAUAGAUGAAAUGCUGCUCAUUUGGAGCAUGAGAAUUCUCAAGACCAGUUUUAUAUUUGCUGUUGAUGACUUUAGGCUCGUAAAAGUUUAUUAAUAAAUGCAAUUCGGUACUUCAAGUAUUAUUCAAAAUUCACAAUAACAUGGAGAAUUUCAUUCAAAGAGCCAGUCUAUGUAAUAAGCACUGUAUAUUAUCGUACGCUAUAUAUGAAGACAAAAUUUAGUAAUUGAUAAGAAUAUAUAUUUAACAAGAAAAGCAUUGAUAGUUAAUGAAAUCGCACAAUUAGAGUAUGAGGAAUGACAUUUAGUCGACGCGAACAUAAAUUUAUAAAAAUCUGCAAAAAAUUUAAUUAUAUAAAAAAUUUAAUCAAUCACAAUUUAUGUUAUAAUUGUUUUAUAUUAAUAUUUAAUUAUCAUCAUUAUUUUAAUUUUAAUAUAAUUCAAAUAUAAUUCAGAUUAUAACGCUAUCAUAUUAAUAUUUAAUCAUCAUCAUUUU